AUUCGUUUGUUUGAAUCAUUCAAUUCCAAAAGUUUAAUGUUGAAUUUCUUUGAAUAUGUAAGGAGUGAGGACAACCACACAUGAUCACUUCUAAGAACUUCAACGGUUCAUACUUAAUAGAUUAAUCAGAAACCAACUUCCUGGAAAAUACCUUCCAUUUCUUCAAGCUUUUCUUCUCUCAUCUCCUUUGGAAUCUGAAUCUUACAGAAAAAUCAACCAAAAAAAAAAAAUGAUAGUUCUUUUCUUCGACGCCAUUUUCUUCCUCUUCACCACGCUAUCUACCAUACUUGCUCGCUUGUUCGUCUUCUCCAUUUACCUUUUUGUGCAAGCCAUCCAGGUAUUCAAGGUACCUGGCGAAACCAUCCAGGCCGGGUUAGAACAGGUCGCGGAGUUCAUCAAAACAUGCUUCGAGUUUGUUUUCGGUAUUAUUAUCGAAAUUAUAUCAGCUAUUGUCUCUGCUCUUUUGGAUAAUGUUAAGGAAGCGAUUAAAGGGUCAGCUGCAGAAAUGGUGUCUAAGGUCGUUGAUCUCAUGGAGAAUACGAGAAAUUCCUUGGAUGGUUUGUUGAAGGAUUUACCGGAGAUUGGAGAGAGUUUCUUGCAGAUGAUUCAGACUGUGAUCGAAACUUUAUGGGAUGGUUACAAGGAUUCCGUGAAGUAUCUUAUAGGAAGUGCAGAUUAGUUAUCUUCGUACAUCAAUAUGAUCUGAUUUUUUUUUUUUUUUUUUUUUUUGUAUUUUUACAAGAGUAAAUCAUGAAAAUAUUAUCGAAGUUGUUAAGUUUUGCCUUGAGAUUGAUUAUAAGAUUUAUGUCCAUUUAUCUCUAGUAAAACAUUAAAGGAACACGAUGUUUUUGUCUGUUUGAUUUUGAGGUAAAUGAAAGGGUGGGAGAAGGAAGUAAAUCUGGUAUUAUUUC